UAGAUCUGCUAUCAAGAAACCUAUCUUAUUCUCACGCAAUUUUCCCCUUUGCUGCUCGAGAAAGAAAAUGACUUUUACUUCCCUGAAAAUGGAGAUAAAAAUAACAAACCUAUAGGCUAAUUAAAACUCCAUUCGGAACAGUGUUCCUUUGAGUUUUUGGCAGGAAUUCCCUUCUGUGAUUUGUUUAUGUUGGUACAUUCUACACGCGGUUAUAGCUGCCUGUUUAUAUUUGUCUCUCUUCUACAACUCGAGCUGCAUGCAUUUUGUCAACGUCAUACGGUUGUUCUUUCCCAAUUUCCAUCCAAUUAAUCAUGUUGCUGCAUGUUUGUGGCGCUGCAUACUAUACUCGAGUUAUGAUGUUGUUCUGUUAAUGUGAUAUAUAUUCUCAUUUGGUGCCGGUGAAUGGGCUGUUCCGGUUUUAUGGAUUAAUGUACAUGACCUGUUUACUUUGCUAUAUAUCUAUGUUUGUUAACGAACCAUAUAAAGAAAACGCAAGCUGUUUGUAUUGAGACAUAUUUCUUGCUGUUUUGCGUUGAAUGAAAAUUCUAACUCAUCCUAAUUAGUCUCGCUAAAGGUACGUACCUAAUUGAGGAGGGCAUUUAAAGCUGUCUGCAGCACAAAGAAAGCAGAGUGCAGGAAAGGAAAGCCAUGGAUAUGGCUGGAAAACUUCUGCAACAACUGCUACUCGGGGUCAUAAUUUUAGCAGCCACAGCAGUAUCUAUUGCAAACUCAACCUGCGACCGCGAGUGUGGAAAUAUUAAAAUCCCCUACCCAUUUGGAACAAGCGAGGGCUGUUACCUUGACAAACCUUUUCUCAUCACUUGUAACCACACGUUCGAUCCUCCAAAACCAUUUCUGGACCAUGAUAUUCCUGUUGAGAACAUAUCAGUACCGAAUGGUGAACUGCGAGUCUCAAACCCCGUAGCCCACCUUUGCAGAGAAUUUAAUAAAGCAUAUCAAUCACCUUGCGGCAAACGCCAAGAUCCAGUAUAUUCCAAUUGCAUCGCGCGCGUGGACUACACGCGCAUCUCUGCCUUGCUUAAUUUGUCAAGUUUUCGCAUCUCAGAGACGAGGAACAAGAUCACUUCUGUUGGUUGUAAUGCUUAUACAUAUAUUCAAGGUUCAGAGGGACAGAAGGGCUUCACCACUGGAUGCUUAUCACUUUGUGACGAAAAUCUCAACGUGGUUAACGGGUCUUGUUCUGGCAUUGGCUGCUGCCAGACUUCUAUCCCAGAAGGAGCAAUGGGGUAUAUUUUGAAUGUUCGGAGCUUGAACAACGACACCUUACCUGGUGGCAAAGAAUUCGGAGGUCAAUCAUGUGGUUACGGCUUUAUAGUGGAUGAACAAGCAUACAACUUUUCCUCCUUAGAUUUCGUAAACUUAAAGAAUAGGAGUUCUGUACCCCUGGUGCUUGAUUGGGCAAUUGGAAAUAAGACAUGCAAAGAUGCUAAGAAAAAUAAGGAAAGCUAUGCAUGUAAGGCAAAUCAUAGUUAUUGUUACAAUUCCACCAGCAGCCCUGGUUAUCGUUGCAAUUGCUCGGAGGGUUAUCAAGGGAACCCAUACUUCUCCGAUGGGCCUGAGAGUUGCCAAGAUAUUGAUGAGUGCAUGGGCCUUCGGAAGCCUUGCAAUGCUAAGGCAACAUGCACCAACACUGAUGGAAAUUACACAUGUACUUGUCCCAAGGGAUACGAAGGUGAUGGAAGGAAAGACGGAACAGAUUGCAGGCCUAUAGUACUAAUUGGCCGAUCUAAUAAUAAGAUCAUCAGCAUUGCAUUGGGUGCCGGUACAAGCCUUGGGGUAUUAUUUCUAAUUAUUGGUGGAUGGGGGUCAUACAAAGUGGUAAAGAAAAGGAAAAGGAAUGAACGUAGGCAGGAGUUCUUCAAACGCAAUGGCGGGCUAUUGUUACAACAGCAAAUAUCCCAAAGUGAAUUGAAUGUUGCAAACAUGAAAUUAUUUAAUUCAAAGGACUUAGUGAAAGCCACUGACCAUUUUAAUGAUAACAGAAUACUCGGUCAAGGUGGACAAGGCACCUUUUACAAAGGUAUGUUAGACGAUGGAAGAAUCGUUGCUGUGAAAAAGUCAAAGAUAACUAAUGAAGGAAAGCUACAAGAGUUUAUUAAUGAAGUUGUCGUUCUUUCACGAAUUAAUCAUAGGAACAUUGUUAAACUACUUAAUUGUUGCUUAGAGAUAGAAGUGCCUUUACUGGUGUAUGAAUUUGUUCCUGAUGGAACACUCUCGAAAUAUCUAAGUGACCAAAACGAGGAGUUUCCACCAACAUGGAAUAUGCGCUUACGAAUUGCCACAGAAUCUGCAGGAGCUCUAUAUUAUUUGCACUCAGCAGCUUCAUUACCCAUUUACCAUCGAGACAUUAAGUCAACAAACAUUCUCUUAGAUGAUAAGUACAGAGCAAAAGUAGCAGAUUUUGAGACUUCAAGAUCCGUUGCUAUUGAUCAAACUCACUUGACUACACUAGUACAUGGAACUUUUGGAUACUUGGACCCGGAGUAUUUUCAGUCAAGUCAAUUUACAGAAAAAAGUGAUGUUUAUAGUUUUGGUGUUGUCCUUGUUGAGCUUUUAACCGGAGAAAAAGCUAUCUCUUUGACAAGGACACCAGAAGCUAAAAGUUUAGCAACGUAUUUUAUUUGCUCGAUGGAAGAAAACAAUUUGUUUGAUAUUCUUGAUAAACGAGUUCUGAAGGAAGCUGUAAGAGAAGAUCUUAUUACGGUCGCAAACCUUGCAAAAAGAUGCCUAAACUUGGAUGGGAAGAAACGACCUACGAUGAAAGAAGUCUCAAUGGAGUUGGAGGCAGUACAAAUAUCACAAAAAGCUUCAAGCGUCGAAAUGUGCGGAGAUGAUAGGCCUACUGUGAAGGAGGCGGCGGUGAUGUUGGGUGGACUAAGAGGUAAGGACAAGCAAACAUGGAAAGAAGCUAAUCUCAACAUGACAGAAGAGACAGAGUUUUUGCUUAGUGCAUCCACACAGUACUUUUCCACAAGUACCAUUGAUAGUAUGGGAAAUCAAGCACUAAAACCAACAAAUGAUGGCAAAUAAUCAUUUUUGCCACAUGUAUCUUCCUCAAUCAGCAAGUAUCUUCCUCCAAAUCAAUGGAUGAUGGUAGAUUUCGGGCUCUUUGCAUGCAGUGUUUUCAGUUUUCUCUC